GGACCUUCUGCUGGGCUCCCAGGGGAGCCAGGGGACCCACAGGCUGAACACCCCAAGGCGAGAGUGGAUGGUGCUCAUGAAGAUAAUGGAGGAGAAGGAUUUGGAGAUUGAGAGGCUUAAGAUGAAGCAAAAAGAACUGGAAGCCAAGGUUCUGGCCCAGGAGGCUGUGGACCCAAAGGAUAAAGAGAACUCGUCUCCCACAAUGCUCCGACCGCUUGCCCGCCGCACAGUCACUGUAGCAAAGCCCCUCAAAAAGGCUGUGGUGAUGCCCUUACAACUAAUUCAGGAGCAGGCAGCAUCCCCAAAUGCUGAGAUCCACAUCCUGAAGAAGAAAGGCCAGAAGAGAAAGCUGGAGUCCCUGGAUGCUUCAGAGCCAGAGGAGAAGGCUGAGGACUGCUGGGAGCUACAGAUCAGCCUGGAGCUACUGGCUCAUGGGCGCCAAAAAAUAUUAGAUCUGCUGAAUGAAGGCUCUGCCCGGGAUCUGCGCAGCCUGCAGCUCAUUGGCCAAAAGAAGGCGCAGCUCAUCGUGGUUUGGAGGGAGCUCCAUGGCCCCUUCAGCCAGGUGGAGGACUUGGAACGCGUGGAGGGCAUAUCCGGGAAACAGAUGGAGUCAUUCCUGAAGGCGAACAUCCUGGGUCUCGGCGCGAGCCAGGUCUGGAGGCCGAGGCUGGAGCUGCAGGGGGCUCGGGACUCCCAGUCUCCUCUUCCUCAGGGCCGCGGGCUCUCUUUGCCUCUGACGGGCCGAGAAGUUAUUUCUGGGACAGUUUCCUGGCCCAAAGUGUGUUCCAUUUCUUGUUAUCACACGUUGUGA